GGUUGAGCAACGCAAGUCACUCUUCGUGUGUCAAUGCGUGAAGAUGCUUCUUUUGUUCUUCGUGUUAACGCUCCCGGUGGUGCUCCCUCAAGAUAUUUCGUCGCUGGUAGACGUGAAGACUUUGAGUGAACUACCCUUGGAGAAGCUGCUGCAGGUGAAAAGUACUUUCAAGAAUGAAGACAGUGAUGAGAAAAUUGAAGCAAAGGGGGGUGAAGACACACCUGAAGCUUUGGCUCUUCAAAGCAAGCGCAACCCGAGUGACCGGGGUGGGUACCACUACCACUACGAAGAGGAGCAUUCGAAGAAGAGCGGCAAGAAGAGCGUGCAGAGUAUUUUCCAGAUUUCGGUGACGACGUUGGCGUUUUUGGCGUUCGGUGGAUAUUUGUUGUGUCUUUUGGUGCAGGCGAUCAAAGGUAAAAGUACUACGGUGGUUAUGGAUAUGACGACGAUGGCUCCCACGGCGGCUUUUUUCCGGCCGAUAAGGCGGCGCAGACCCACGAGGAGGCCCAUUCGAGUGCAGCAGAGACCCACCAGGCGUCCCUACAGCACUAGGCCUAGAGCGAAGAGGGACGUUUGGCCCCAAGCCGACCCUGAAAAUUUGUACUACGCUCUGGUGCACCUCUCCGAGGCUUACGCCACUUAUCACACCAUCGAUUAUCGAAGAUUUAAUUUCACCACGAGUUCUUAUGUUAAUUAGUUCAAUAAAGUCUGCACGGUUAGUAUUUUUUUUCAUUCUGGGUUGGUAUCGCCAAGAUCGUAAAGCUGGCGUGAGUUCAGCUCGUACAAGACCAGAAGUCUUCGU